GUCAUCAAGUACUCCAAACAGCAUCAGAUGUUGUGAGAAGUCUUCCUCUACUUUCUCUUGCUAAUGAAAGCCAGAUCACAGUCCUCAGUCCUGGGCUCAACUUGUCUGUCUGAGGUUACAUCUUUCCUUCGAAAAACAGUCUUACCUCAGUCAGGUGCUGAUCCUAUUGGGAGGCGGCUAGGCUAGCCUGUGAGUUGAUGCUUCAACUUGCAUGUCAAAGAGGUUCAUCUCGCCACCUAUUGGAGUGGGUGGAUCUUGUCUUGACAGCAGCAGCGGAUGAACUUCAAAACAAGAAUUUGAUAGAAAAUGAUUACAUCAGUAUACCAGAGAGUAUGGUUAAUGAAGCAAUAGCAAAUAUGCGUUCAGCUGCUGUGAGUGGUGAUGGAAGAGCGUGUCGACAUGUUCCAUUGUGCAUAGCAGAUGAUGGUUCCAGAAUAAGGCUUCAUAAAGCUGCAAUGUUAAUCAUGCAAGAACUUGUCUAUCUGUCAAGUCAUUUAACAGACUCAUGGGUUAGCACUGGGGAGAAGUCUAUUGACAGUGGUACCUCAGCAAGCUCUGUUUCUGACAAAACUUGUGAAGUAUUUGUAUGGGGAAGUAAUUCAUCACAUCAGUUAGCAGAAGGAAACCAAGAAAAAAUUCUGCAUCCAAAACUUGCAAAAAUGUUCACAAAUGUACAACAGGUUGAAGCAGGCCAAUAUUGCACCUUUGUUAUACACACCAAUGGAACUGUGUCAGCCUGUGGCAAGGGGAGUUAUGGGCGUCUAGGGCUUGGUGAUUCUAAUAAUCAACCUGUACCAAGAAGAGUCAGUAUGCCUGCAGCAGUAGUACGUCUCUCUUCUUCAAAGGGCAGUGAUGGUCACUCUCUCUGUCUUACUGAUGAGGGUCAGGUUUAUAGUUGGGGUGAUGGUGAUUAUGGAAAACUUGGUCAUGGGAAUUGUACCACUCAAAAGCAACCCAAGCUCAUCACAGGUGUUCUUUUGGGAAAGAGAGUUACACACAUUCAUGCAGGAUACCGACAUAGUGCUGCUGUAACUGAGGACGGUGAACUGUACACUUGGGGAGAAGGCGAUUAUGGCAGACUUGGGCAUGGAGAUAAUAAUGGGAGGAAUGUGCCAACCUUGGUGCGGGAUAUUUCAGGUGUUGGGCAAGUGGCCUGUGGGAGUGCCCAUACUCUGGCCCUGUCUCAAGAUGGGCGAACUGUCUGGUCAUUUGGGUCUGGAGAAAAUGGAAAAUUGGGUCAUGGAGACAAUGCUCGUGUGUGUCGACCUAAAAUCAUUGAUGCAUUGCAAGGAGUCUGCAUUACCAAAAUUGCAGCAGGAGCUCAGUUUUCUGUUGCUCUCACAUCAAGUGGACAGGUUUUGACGUGGGGCAGUGGCUCAUGUGUAGGAUGUGGCACACCAGAUAUGAUGACACUGGUUCCACACAAAGUUGAUGAUUUGACAGGAAAUCAUGUGCUUGAUAUAGCUGCAGGAGAUUCACACUGCCUUGCUCUUACUGAUGAUUGCCAGGUAUUUGCCUGGGGAAACAAUUCUAUGGGCCAGUGUCGUCAAGGCCAUUCAACCACCCCGUUAUCAAGGCCAAGGAGAGUUGUUGGACUGGAAGGUGUGUCAGUCCGUCAAAUGUCUGCUGGAACGUCCCACAGUGUUGUCUGGACUGCAUUGCCAACAGACAGGCCUGUGUUGCCAUGGCAUCGUCCUUUCUGUGCUGAUCUUCAAGAGUCUACAUUCUCCACAUUGAAAAAUUUCCUGGAAAAGUUUGGAAAAGACUUCUUUGGAGACCAACCACCUCCCCCAUUUCCAUCCUCCCAAGACCAUCACGACUUUGUGUACCUAUGUCUGAAACUCUUGUGCUCCCAUUUUUCUUUGGCUCUAAGUGGUGGUGUAACAUCAUCAUUUCUUGGUCACCAAGCUGCACCAUUGCGACACCUAUUGUUUAGCCUGGUUGAUUUUGCUACUCCGCCGCGUGUUGAGGCAAUUGUGAAUGACACCCUUCAAGUUGGAGCCCAUAUGCUUCUUCCUCCAUUGUGGGCUAGACUAGGACUACUCCAAACCCUCUUACCUCAAGCAUCUAGUCUCACUAAAGGCCAGAAAAUGCUUUUAGACAUCAUAGUGAAGAGUCUGGUAGAACAUACCCAUAUUGCAUGGUUAUUAGGAUAUGGAAUCACAGUCACAGAAACAUCGGAAGACAGUUCUGAAAGCUCUAUCGACCACAGUAUUUUAUCUGAUGUUCUGAAAUCUUCUCCUCAUUCUUCACAUGACCUGACUCAUGCUCAAAUCUUGAUGAAAACUUUAUUACAUAAUCUCAGUUUGAAUUCUAUAGCUGCCAUUGAAUCUCUUGAAAGCCAUCUAAAAAAUAAUUCUAGCAAUCCUUGGGAACCCCCAACAUGUGUACCAUCUUUACAUGGUUUACUGUCUGCUCUUCACACUCAUUUGCUAGCUUUCACUACCAAUCAUGCGAAUAGCUCACAGCCAAGUAGCUUUCCAAGUUUGGACCUUCUGAUUAAUCAUGCAUGUGCAUUAUUACCUACUGCUUAUGGCAUAUUUGCCCUCAGUGCCAAGCUUGUCCAGAAUUAUCCUGAGUCUCUUUCAUAUCUUUACGGUAUCUUAAUGGAUUCUUUGGCAGGGUCACUGCUUUUCACAUUUCUGCACGCGCUUCUCUUGCUUCCUGUCAGUGCAGUUCACUCCUUACUUCCCCAUUUAUUAGCACUGUUGUCACCAAUUGACAAACUAAAUAGGUUGUUGCCUCCACUUCCAGAUGAUGACACAGAAGCUGACACACCUACUCCCAAUGAUUUGGCUGAGCAGUCAUGGUUAUGGCUGGUCGAUCUGGAGCGAUGCUGUGGUCUGCUGGUUGGGCGAAUUUUGGGUGGCAUGUUGCUUGGUCCUGCUCCUUCCCUUGCUGAGAAAAAUGUUGGGUAUUGGCUCGAAAACACCAUUUUCUCUCAUGGUCUUGAGAAAGAUUACAAACAUGGCGACAUCGAUGUAGGUCGACUUGUCUCCUUUUCUCUUCAAAAUACGAAACAUCACAAAACAAACAAGAAUGAGACACUCUGUGUGAUUCAACAAGCUGUGACAAAUGCAGACCUUGAUUCUGUUUUAAAGUUUGCUGUUGAGAAUGACUUGAUUGUUAGCCCAUCUCACUCAACAGCAGAUGUUGUGUCCAAAUUCUAUUUAGCGGCUCUCAUCAAACAUUGCGGUUUGCCUCAUAACAUGACUGUGUCCAAUCAACAAGUAGCUGAAAUAUAUACUGCAGUCAUAAAUUUACGCAGGCAUCUUCUUGAUGCCCAAACCAUCAAAGAAUUUGACUUAAAACAUUUAACAAAUGAUAACCGUACAUUGAGUGAAAGGAAGAAGAAAGAAUUGAAGAAGGAAAGAAGACGACUUGAAAGUGGUGAAACAUCCCAUGAGAGUGACUCAUCUGACCAUGGUUGUGUCUCUAGUCGGCAUAGGUAUAACAGAGAUGGGGAAGAAGGUAGCUGUAGGGAUGAAGACACUCAUACUGAGGAGAGUGAUUUGGAUGAUUCACAAAGUGAAGGAGAAUCAGAAGAAGCUAGUGAACGUUUUGAACGUAUCUGUGCUGGGGUGAUAGAGCGGUGUGCAUUUCUCAUUGGUGGUGUCAAUGGUCCCCCAAAGAACUGGCUAGAGGGCGAAAGCUGUGAUGAGGAAAAUGAUCUCUGUCAAUCAGAUAAAGAGCACAAAUCUCAAAGUGAUGAUUUGCAAUUCAAAAGACUGCAACGUGUUUUAGCAUCUUUAACAAAUUAUGUUUGUGGCAAGCCUGAUACUGCUGACCCAGAAUCACAAUCUUUUAUUGUAAAACCUGAUAAAGGAUGGAUGACUCACCCACGACUGAUUGUGGAUGCUGUAAAGGCCCAAGAAUCACGUGCUGAGGUACGCCUGGAUGCUUUGAGACAGUUCUUAAUUCUUCUCUCAGUGGAAGAAAAAUCAAAGGCUGCAAGCCAAUCACCACUCAUACACAAGGUUCAGGAGCAAGUUUUGUGUGGACUGUUUGGGCUAAUGGGACGGGUAGGAUGUAAAACAGACAGUGCUUUACUCUACCAUUAUCUCAAUGGAGUUCAAGUUACCUCUAAAGAAGUACAAGAUAAUCUAUGUUCUGCCAUGCAUUGUCUCAUAUCUCUACUUAUUGAUCUUAUUGCCACACAUUAUUCAAAGGACAAAGUUUCAAGCAGUGUAGAGCAAUACUACCAAACUCUUUUAAUCUUUUCAUUAAGUAUGCGGUAUGAACCUAAAGACUUAACGCAUGCAGUGCGCUCAGGUCUUCUCCAAGUAUUAGGAGAAGUGUGUAGCACUUCUGUGGCUGCCAGCAAUCUCUUGACUUGGGACCGUCCAAAUAUUACUCUUGCUCAUGCGAGCACACAAUUACUUCAUGUGCUUGCCAUGUCUUGCACAAUGUAUGCAUCUAAACUUGAUCAUGACAUUGUUGCAAAAACUGUUGACUUGAUCUAUUUACAACUUGAGCAGUCUGUUCAAUCAACCCUUCCAAAUGGAAUCACAAAUCUUACUUCAUCUGAGAUCGCUGUAUGUGAACGAACUCUCGGUGAUCGUCUCCUCUUUGUUCGCCGUGUCGCAUGUAGCAGAAGGAUGCGCAUUCUUUUAGCAAGCCACAAAUGGACAGAUCUGCUUCUACUCAUUUUAAGUCAAAAUGAAAUUAAAGCUGAUGGGUCACUUAAGAUGAGCUUAGUUCAACCACGCAUUCAUUCUCUGCGCCCCAAACUGUUAGCCCUUCAACUUCUUGGCACAAUUCUUCCAAGUUUACAAUUAUCUGUGUCAGAGGGAAUCAAUUACAAAAACAUCACACAAACCAGUGAGCACCGAGAGCAGGUUGUUCAAGAAUUAUUCUGUCAAUUAGCGGCUAAUAUGUGGAAUGUACCUCAGGCAGUAGCAGAGAGAAAUGCAUACAUGAAACACAAAGAACUAUUGAAGCAAUUAAAAAAAUUAAGUGACCCAGACGGGCCAGAUGAUGAUAAUUUCCAAGCUGAUGGAAACAUUCCACUAUUAGAUGCAGGGUUUGAUCCGGAUAAAACACUUUAUUGCAGUGUUGAAUCUCAUACCGUUUUGGUGCAUGGAGCUGGUGGACGUGGUUAUGGUUUAGGAAACACAUCAAUCACUUCAGGUUGUUACCAAUGGAAAUUCCAAAUUCAAAGAGAGAAUAAGGGAAAUGAGGGAACAUGUGUCGGCGUAGCAAGAAUGCCAAUCAAGGACAACAAUCACAGGACAACUUGUGACAUGUGGCUGUAUCGUGCUUACAGUGGAAAUCUCUACCACAAUGGAGAGCUGCCUCUUACAUUACCAGGGUAUACACAAGGUGAUUGCAUAACUGUUGUAUUGGACAUGGAUGCAAGAACUAUUAGCUUUGGAAAAAAUGGGGAAGACCCUGUCUCAGCUUUCGAAGAUGUAGAAGCGACAGAACUUUUUCCAUGUGUUCUAUUUUACAGCACAAACCCCGGCGAGAAGGUGGCAAUUACGGACAUGCAAGUAUGUCGUUCGCCCCGGGACCUCUACCCUGGCGAUCCUCAGUGUGCUCCGCAAUCUGUUGUCAUGGCUGAAGCAUAUGUUCAACUUUUGAGACAAUUGCAUGCCACCGAUGGCUGGUGUAAUCAGGUAAAUGAGUGUGUUCUAAAUAGACUGAACCAGACCAAAGAGCUUUUUCCUGAAUCAUCAGAAGCCUCACCUCAAUCAACAACAAAUUCAUCAGCUGUCAAUGAAGAACUGAGCAAUGCAAAGGACUUGACCGAAAAGGAAAAUAAUGUCUCCAUUGAGAAAAAAGAUCAAGACAGUAAGACCCAGCAGUUAUGCAAAGAGGUAUGGCCUGCACUUGCUGUUAUCGCUGGAGUUGAUCGAGGUGUGCGCGUCGGCGGUCGCUGCAUUUACAGGCCAUUUGGUCGGAGCUGUAUUGUCUUGGGUACUUUGAAGCCAGGGUUAGCCUCUGUGAAAGUCCAAUGGGAAGAUGGAUGUGUUGGUGAUGCUCAAAUAAAUGGAUUGCAUCCAUUGGAGCCAGUUCCAUUCAGUCUAUCAAAAUUACCUCUUGUCAGUGGAGAUAUACUGAUUCAAAUAUCUAGAAUAGCAGGUCUAACAGGAGAGCUUGUUUUUCCUGAAUGUGAAACAAAUUCAGAAGAAUUAAAAAUUGAAGAAGAUAUUAAAAUAGACAAACCUCAGCUAGAUGUCAGUAUAUCUGAUAUACCUGGUCAAACAGCAACCCAGCCACUGAAGCCUACAGCUCGAUCAGUUGAAACUUUAACCAAUCAAAUGGUUUUCAAUAUUAUCGGUGAAGUGACUCGAAGAAAUUCAGCUGAGUUGUUGGAAGGUCUAUCAUCUUCACAGCCAACAUCUCAAGACACUUCUGUGUGCACUGCUCCUGCUGAAGUGAAGAUUGGUGAACAGAAGUUCUUGAACUGUGAGGCAAUUUCACUGCAGGUUGCAUUUUUGCAGCUUGCAGCCCUCAAGUCAUUAAGUGCAUUUCUUAACAGUAGUCAAUAUUUAGAAAUGCUUCUUGUCCCAUCUUCAACGUCAUCUUGUGCUGAGGAAAACUUUUCUAUGGGAGAGGACUGUUGCAAGAUGAAAGAAGAAUUAAUUACGGAACUAAAGCUGAAAGAAGCUUUAAGGCACAUUUUAAAUGGUCUGGUGAACAAAAGUGUAGAAGUUUGUCAUUUCCGUCAGCUGGCCAGUGUGAGAGACUUGGAACGCAUUCAAGCUAUUUUUCAUCAGGCUCACAUGCGCUCAUGUGCCAAUGAAACCUUUGCUAUCACGGAUGUGGAAACAAAAAUCCGUUCAGUUGUGAGCUCAAGGGACUCCAGUAAUAUAACUCAUUCCUCUAAUGAUCCAACCUCUGAUGACUCGCUUUUAAGAUCGCAAAGAGCAACACAUAAUUCAAUCCAAGAUCCUCCCCCCUCAACUCUAGCCUCUGGUUCUCUGGUAGCUCACUCUCCUUCUUCACCUCUCUCCCCUCCGUCUUCGUUCUUUCCGUCUUUUCUUCCAACACGUCCAGCUAUGAACUCAGUGUUUACCCGUCACAAUCAGUUAGCGUUCCGCCUAGCAUCAUUUAGACCUCCAAGUGCCGAUACCUCGCAACCCAGCCGUCCGACGGCGACAAUGGCCACAGCUAUCGCUGGUAAUAAUACAGCAACUCCAAUUGGUGGAACACCUUCAGUAGAUACUACUUCCAGUAAUGACAGCCCGCCACCACCACCAAUUGUAGCCCCUCUUCUAGAGAUGGGUUUCAGUCUUAAACAUGUUCAGAGAGCAAUACAGUCCACAGGAAGUGUAGGAGACAUGGCAGCUUUAACUCUAAAUCAGCUUGCCACAUGGAUGAUUGAACAUCCUUGUACCGAUACUCCCACAAGUGAAACGGAUGAAGCGUCCAGCAGCUGUGAGGGAGAAGCCUCUGGACCAUGGGUAUCAGCAGUAGCACAGGCACCCCCUGUCUCUGCAGCUGAACUGCCCCCCUCUGUGGGCUCUUCAUGCUUAUAUGUUUCUAGUGGAAGACCUCUUGCCAAGCGCUAUCAAAUUCCUGGUUUGCUGAACAGAACGGAAUCAUCUGGUAAUGGAGAAAGUGAAGUGCCGCUUGGUCUUCGUCGGAGUGGAGCAAUAUGUAGAAGAUUUCCAUCUGACAUCCGAAGCUAUUUGACUGAUCGAGCUGCCCAAGAUCGUGAGUGCAGGGAGCAAGAACGAGAGAGAGAGAGGCAGCAUGUACGCAAUGAAGCUCAACCCCUGCUUGCUGCAGCUCAAGCACAGGGAAAUUCUGAUGUCAGCAGCACAUCCACUCCUCAAAUACCUCCAAAAUCUAUAUGUGGGCUAUGUGGUCAACCAUCUACACAUCUUGCUGGUCACAUGUUGUCUUCACAUCCUGGCUGUGGACGUAUUUGGGGAUCAGCUUAUUGUGGCAAUAUAACUGGUUCAACUUACUUAAUGUGUAAUGAAUGCAAGUUCAUGUGGCAGCACCAAGUAUCACGUGACUCCAAUCCUUUCCUUUCAAACAGUAUAGCUGUUAGUGGUGUGGCUCAAGUACUUGCUCCAGACUUGGUGGGGGCACCAGCGAACCCUCAGCAGAGUCAAGAGAUAGAUGCGUUUUGGGCUGAUAAUGAUGCUGACAGUACUCCACCUGGUCAAGAUUUUGAUCAACUCCUGCUAUUAUUAGGUCUAGGAGAAGAUAGACCAACACCUGAACACGUAUCUUGGCGAGAAUCAGACCCUUUGGGCUCUAGUGCUGUACCCUCCGUUCUCCCACCAGGUAAUGCCAAGACAAACACAGGGAAAACAGAGGCUAAACAUAAGCCCCUGACAGAUCAGGCAGCAGAUCUCACAUCUGUAUUUGAUAGAAUAACAGCUCUUAGAAGGUCUGCUAGUGCUGCACAAAUUUUCAUUGCAAGGCACAUUGUAAUAAAUACACUCUCCUUCCUUGCUGUGAGCAAAACAAACUGUGAUCUAUGCGCCAGUCUCUCUGCAAUGGGUUUAUCAGAUGUUCGCAAAGCUGUAGCACUGAUGGGCCUAACUGCGGCUGGCCGAGUUGAGCUUCAGGAAUCCAAUGAUGUGUCAGCCACUUCACCCAGUGAUGCCUGUGCACCUGAUGUAGAACCAUUGGAUAAUUGGACAGCAACUCUUGUUGGAGGUUUAUCUACACCAAAUCUGCUUCAGCUUGCAGCCUCUUCAGGUCAUGACUCCAUCUUUGAGGGAAAUUACAGUGCGUUACCUCAUCUCAGAAGUGCAAUAGCAGCUCUUGCCCAGUCUGACAAAGCAGCCUCUAACUUGGUAUUGCAUGUGUGUACAAAGGACCUUUUACGAGUUGCAACUGGGGCUACAAAGCUUUCAUCUGGAUCUGCUGUCACCCUUUAUCUAGUUGCUCUGUUAGCUUCUAAUGGAGGGACAGCUCUGAAUUCUGAAUCUAAGAGCACUGAUGAGAAGUCUCCUUUUUCACCUGAGAGCCCCAACAGUGGGAACCAUCUCAUGUUACCGAAUGCUUUAGCCGCAUGCGUCUUGUCUACACGUUUGCCACCACCCACCCGCCAGUGGGCAAGCCAACAACUUGUUCUCUGUAUUGUUGCUAAAAGUGCUAAUCAUCAUCCACUGGAUUCUGCCAUUAAUUUUGCUGAUUUAUCAGGAGUAAUGCCUGUGUGCCCAACUGAUCAAUUGCAAGGCCAUGACAAUAGAGUGAGCAAAGUUGUGUGGCAUGAAGCUCGCUCACAACUUGCAUCUAGUGCUUGGGAUGGAACAAUCAGGAUCUGGAGUGCCCCUCCUAUGAGUUCACUGGAGCACACUUUGGUCUACAGAAAAACUCAGAGUGUGUUUGGAAGUGAAUUGCAGGGUGAGGAAAUUGCACAACUUUGUUGGUCUCCGACUGGCAGAUUUCUAGCUGCUUGUAUGGGCAAUACCCUCAACUUAUGGAUGUUACCUCCCGUACCAGCUGAUAAUAGUGGAACUCCAUGGACAGACAAUUUCUUAGUUUUGUCAAAUGCAGCUUGGAUAACAGCACUUGCUUGGCCUGAAGAGUAUUCUUUAAAUCUUGGGCCAACUGACACCAAAUGUGAACACCUCCUCAUUGGUCGUAUUGAUGGUUCUGUUGCUCUCUUGGAAUUAGAUUCAGAAAAGCAAGAAUGUAUUGAACUUCCCAACUGCUCCCUACCGUUCGCUUAUGUCACUCACAUAACAUGGCAACAUGAAGACAAAGAUUUUGCUAUCGCUUUUAGUGACGGAACUGUGAAAUUUGGAGGAUACAUGCCGAACCACCCGACAAGCAGUGUAAUGGCCCACCAAAGUGCCCUAUCAGCAAUGAAGUGGUCGCCAGAUGGUAUGCUUUUGGCCACGUGUGGUACAGAUGGUGCUUGUCGAGUUUGGCACCAAGUUGAUAAAACGUGGUGUUGCCUGCACUCCCUUCCUCAAGCAAAUCAACCUGUUUCAAUUGCAUGGUCUCCAAUCAUCGGCAAAGGCACAAAUCCACUUUUGUUGUGUGUUGGAAUGUCUUAUGGAAUAAUUAAUGUUUGGGUGUUGAAUCCUCGCCUUGGAGAAGAAAUUUAUGAUGGGCAUGAUACCCCUGAGAAGAGCAGUCCAAGGAAAGAAAAGCCUCUGAAACUUGUUUUCAGCCUUCAAGGACAUCUUUAUAGCCCAAUUACUGCUCUAACUAUUCACAAGGAUGGUUUACUUUUAGCCUCAGGUUGUGGCAAAGGUCCAACAGGGGUAAUAAACAUUUGGUCUUUGCAAGAUGGGAGCUUAUUACAAACCUAUACUGGAGCAGGUGGUGUUCAAAGUCUCUGCUGGACUGGGAAGUGUGGUCUUGCAGCAUGUCUAUUGCGAUCAAAAGAUGUUGUUGUCUUGCAGUAUUCCAUGGAGCAAUUUUUACCUGAUCAUGCUCUGGCCACAGGACGCAGUUCACUUCUAAAGCGAGGUCUUGGGGGCCUACACACAGCGCCAUGUCUACGUGCUCUGUUGAGAUUUUUGCCUCACAUUUUAUCCCAGCAGUACCUCUAUGAACGGCCAUUUGUGGCUUGUGGGGAACAAUUGCUUCACAGUGAUCACCUGAAAUGUCUGAUUGCUUUGGCCUUAGUGCUUCAACUAGAUAAGGUUCUCUGCUACAAACCUGCUCCUCCUAAUAUAGGGGAACAUGAAACUCUUGUGUCUGAUUGGCAGUGGCUGCAUGUUUUCAGUAUGGCAUGUAGCACUGCAGAGUCACUAGUAACUCGCGGUCAACUGCCUCUUGCUUUUGUCGCUGCAAACAAGGACAUGCUGGAUGAUGAGGAAGGAUCUAGAGCACUGGCCAACAGUGCUUGGAGCCUGAAAGCGGAUUGUCAAAUGAUGACAUGGUUUAUUCAGCAACCAACAGAUUGGCAAGUUGGUGGACACUGUGAAGCUUACAUGUGGGGUAGUGGAAGGCAGGGGCAACUGGGAGACGCCAGUGCUGAAAUUGGACGCAAUACAACAUCACCUAUCCUAACUGAGUCAUUUUCAGCGGCACAGCAAAUAAUUUGUGGGCAAAACUGCACUUUUGUCAUUCAAGCUAAUGGUACUGUGUUAGCUUGUGGAGAAGGGACUUAUGGCCGACUUGGACAGGGCAACUCUGAUGAUCUUCAUACCCUCAGUGUUAUAUCUUCUCUACAAGGAUACGUCAUCACUGGCUUAGCUACAUCCUGUGGCUCAGAUGGACAUAGUCUCGCUAUCGCAGAGAGUGGUGAGGUGUUCUCAUGGGGGGAUGGUGACUAUGGCAAAUUGGGACAUGGCAAUAGUGACCGUCAGCGGCGUCCGAGGCAAAUUGAAGCUCUUCAGGGAGAGGAGGUUGUACAGGCUGCAUGUGGCUACAAGCAUAGUGCUGUUGUGACCAUUGAUGGCAAAUUGUUCACAUUUGGAAAUGGUGAUUAUGGAAGACUUGGCCAUGGUUCUACUGCUAACAAAAAACUCCCAGAACGAGUUGCAGCUCUUCAGGGUGUAAUUGUGGGACAAGUUGCUUGUGGCUUGAAUCACACUGUGUGUGUCUCACUAGAUGGAAUGGAAGUAUGGGCGUUUGGUGAUGGAGAUUUUGGAAAGCUAGGUCUUGGAAAUACUUGUACCAGAAUGAUACCAGUGCGUGUAGAAAGAAUGUGUGGGAUAGGCAUCAAAAGAGUGUGUUGUGGUAGCCACUUCACUGUAUUCUUAACAUAUGAUGGGCGUGUUUUUACUUGUGGAGUUGAAUACCAUAUUGGCCAGCCCGAGACGAGAGCAAGGUGUCAUACAAAACCUCAGGAGGUUCCUGCCUUGAGAGAAGUUUUUGUUGAAGAAAUAGCAGCAGGCUCAGAGCAUGCUCUUGCCCUAACAUCUACUGGAGAUGUGUGGGGCUGGGGGAGUAACAAUGAUGGUCAGCUCGGAAUGGGUCACACAUUACGCCCACCUGGAAGGGAGCCUCAACUUAUUAGAGCUUUGUGUGGCAAACGCAUCAAACAGAUUUCUACUGGUCGCACUCACAGUGCUGCAUGGACAUCACCACCUUUGUCUAGGCGGACACCCGGUCUGGCUAGCCCCCUUGCUUUGGGCACACCGUCAGUUAUACCCUCUCACUAUGGCCAUUUGGAAAGUUUUCCUAUUGCUGCCAUACGAGCAAGACUAAGGGUGCUCCAUAGGUUUUCAGACACUCUGUAUGCGUGCUGGCGCAUGCUGCCUCUGUGUUCAAAGGUACGAUGGUGGCAGGGAUCACCCCUACGUUACCUCUGUGCCCCUGAACUUCGCCCCCUCCUGGCUCCUAGGGUGUACACCUUACCCUUAGUGAGAUGCAUUGGUAGAACAAUGGUACAGGGUAGAAAUUAUGGACCCCAAGUUACAGUGAGAAGGCUGGCUGUGAGAACUCGGAGGCCCACUCCAAUAUUUACUCAAUUGGCUGAACAAGUUGUGAAAAUGCGCCCCUCGGAACUUCGCUUACCGUCCCGCGCGUGGAAAGUGAAAUUAGUUGGAGAGGGUGCUGAUGAUGCUGGAGGAGUGUUUGAUGACACAGUUACGGAAAUGUGUGUUGAGCUCACAUCAGGUCGAGUUCCUCUUUUAGUUCAAACACCCAACUCAGUGAAUGAUGUCGGAUUCAAUAGAGACCGAUUUUUAUUGAACCCCCAACUGACAUCCAUGCAAUAUCGAGCUGCUUUCAAGUUUCUUGGUAUCCUUCUUGGAGUUGCUGUCAGAACCAAAAAGCCUUUAGCUAUUCCUCUUGCUCCUUUGGUCUGGAAGCUGCUUGUAAAUGAGCCAGUAACAAUGGAUGAUUUGGAAGAAACUGAUCUCCUUUAUGCUCAAUGUUUACGUGGUAUCAGAGAUAUUCAUUUGAAUGAUGUUAACCAGCAAAACUUUCAUGAGGUUAUUCCAUUGGAGUGUUUUGAAGGUACUUCAUGCACAGGACGCAUGAUGCCUAUUGUACCAGGGGGUCGAAGUGUUCCACUUAAUUUUCAAAAUCGUGUCAGAUAUGUCGAACAAGCUGUGUACUUCAGACUUCAUGAAAUGGAUUUACAGAUUGAAGCUGUCCGUGAAGGUAUGGCAUGGAUUAUACCAGUACCACUACUUUCUCUUGUUACAUCGCAAUACUUGGAGCAAUUAGUUUGUGGUAUGCCUUACAUUCCCGUGCCACUUCUCAAAAAAGUUGUUCGAUAUCGAGAACUUGAUGAAAGCCACACUCUUGUGCAAUGGCUGUGGAACAUCCUAGAAAGCUUUUCCGACGAUGAACGUGUUCUGUUUAUGAGAUUUGUAUCAGGGAGGUCUCGUCUUCCUGCCAACUUAUCUGAUCUUUCUCAACAGUUCCAGGUGAUGCGAGUGGACCGUGCACCUGACGGUUUGCCAACUGCUCAGACCUGCUUCUUCCAACUUCGUCUUCCUCCUUACUCAAGCCAAGAAGUAAUGGCUGAACGCUUGCGGUAUGCUAUCAACAACUGCCAUUCAAUCGAUAUGGAUAACUACAUGCUAGCAAGAAAUGCUGAUGUUGGACAUCUUUCUGGUGAUGAGUACUGAAGGUAACAAUUUUGCUUGUGACUUCCAUACUGUACUUUGUUACAUACUCAACACCUAUAUUUUAAUGUAUGACCUUGGGUCCAAUUGCAGAAUUAGUGGGCCAUUUAGUAUUUAGGAUACAGGGUAUCAAAAAUUUGUACCAGUGUUCUAGAAAAUUGUGAUCAUUGUUAUUCCUUUUUUUAAAUAUAAUUGGUUAGAUGUUACUGGCAACCAGUAAAUAAUACUAACAAAGUGACAAAGUUUAACUUAUGAAAUGUUCCUGUUUUGUUUUGAUUAAUUUUAUUUUGUAUUAGGCUACUCAACAAAUAUUUUGUGAUGUAUUUCUUGUGUCCUUGAUUCUCACAAGGUCCUUGUCAAGUAAUGAUACUUGUCAUCGUGUUAUGUUGGUGCAUUGAGCAUGUAUUAUGUACUCUGCAAACAGGUUGUAAAGAUUGGAAUUAAAAGUCUGAUGUUUUCCAUGUCAA